UCUGUUUUUGAUUCUAUUGCUGUAGAACGUUUUACGGUUUAUGUGUCUCAAAUGACACAACUCCACAACCAGACUCCAAUGACGAAAGCUUACUAUAACUGAAACCUCUAUAUUCGGACAAAUUUCUUUCCACCACAAUUUAAAGUCAACACUAAGGGGUGUUUGUCGUUCGUUUAAAAAGAAAAAACCUCUUACAACAAACUGUGUCAAUAAAGACGAAAACUUUGUCACACUGUCUGUACACAAGGCCGCGAUGUUGAGCAUUCACACAAGGUUCUAACUUUCUGGCUCAUUUGAAAGCGGUUAGGCGGUGUGUCAGUUAUUAGAAGCUGGCCGAAGAUAUUGCACCGCAGGGAACAGAAAAUGAAGUGCGUCUGUGUGGUUUUAAUUUUAACGUACAUAACGCUGAUUGCUGCGGAAAGUAAUAUCGUAUGCUACUACGACAACCGUGCGGCCAGCUACGCUACGCCAACAGUUCCGAGAAGCUUCGCCACAACAAAUUGUACUCAUUACGUAUACGAUGGGGUUGGUGUGACGGCCCAAGGCGAAAUACGCAUACUGAGCCAGUACGACACAGCAGCUGGAUUUGAUGAUUUUCGAAACAUACGCACAACUAACAUCAAUGCCAAACUGUACGUGCUGCUUGGUUCCGAUCGUGACGGUGGCAAAAACUUGACCAAUGCCAUCGCAACGCGUAGUGAAAAGUUAGUGAACAGUGUCGCCAUCUUUCUGGAACAGUACAACUUUGAUGGUGUGGAACUCGACAGACGCACCAGUUCGAGAAACGAUUUUGAUAAGAGUACUUUGGCACGAUUCGUCAACAAACUGCGCUCGAGAUUGUACAUGAUUAACAGGCAACUGGCCGUGUCCGUUACGGCAGAAUUCACCGAUGCGUACGAUAUCACUUCGCUAAGCUUGUAUGCCGAUUUGAUAAACCUUCAUGCUUACAAUUUCACGACGAGCACCGUUAAUACGGUCGCUAAUCUGGCCCCGCUGUUCUCGAGCACUCCAAACAAUGUCGUCAGUGUGAACUCAACCGUAACAUCUUGGCUGGCGGCUGGCGCUCGCAAGAAUAAACUAAACCUAGUGGUGGCCACUUAUGCCCGUACGUACGUACUGACCAAUGAAAAUCAACGUGCAGUAGGCUCAGCCAGCACGGGACCCGGCGAGGCUGGUUCGAAUACGAAACGGGCCGGUCUAUUGGCCCGAUACGAAAUCUGCAACCAGCUCAGUGAGUACGGUACGGUGAGCGAUACUGUCACUGCAACCACGUAUUACUUCAAAGGCAAAAGUUGGAUCACCAUCGAGACGGAGGACACGUUGGUGCAGAAGUUUACCUAUGUGCUCGAUAACACGCUGGCCGGUGUAGGUAUCUUUACACUUGAUCUGGACGAUCCGGACAACACGUGCGGUACUGGAGCGCAUCGUGCCUCGGAGCUGGCUCAUCAAUACUUUGCAACGGACUAGAAUCAACUUGGAAUCUUUGUGCUGCAUUUGUAGAAAACCUUGAGCACCGUGGUGUAAUAAAUCCCUUCCCAACUACUCCAAAACACCAUCCGUUCGGCAGUGUGCAUACAUCCGUGACUUUUUGUUUUAACAAUCAUUUUUAGUAUUGAGGAGAAUUAUGUUGCAAACAAGGAGUUACAUAUUUUUGCUACAUCGUGUAUACUGAAUUCAGGUUCAAAUAACGAUUUUUGUUUGAGCAUCCGAUGAAGCGGAUGUAUACACAUGUCGAUAGCUACACUUUGUGGCAUCAGAGCUACUACACGGAGAAACAGUUAAAGAAAUAGUCGCAAAAAUGGAUUAUUUACAAUAUUUACAGUAGAAGGUGUGUGCUUUGAAAGUUUUAUUUACAUUGGAUUGAAUGUUUGAAGGUGGUUUUAUUUACAAGUGUGUGUGUGUAGGUUUUUUAGGGUGGGGAAGAAAGUUUAGAUUCCAUUAAUACAAGAUCAAUAAGGAGUAAAAUAAAUCCACUGCAAUGACUUACAUUUUUUUUUAUUCAGGAACUCGAUGAAU